CGGUGCUAAGGUAGGUAGGUAGGAAGGUACGUAGUACUGCGAUGUACGUGGGUAGUUGCACCGGUUGCGAUGUUCCGGUGAUUUGAUUCUGGCAGGAACAGCCCUCCUCCCAUCUUCCCGGUUUGUUCUCGUGCUCCUUCUGACUUUUUGUAAAGUGGCCGUAUUUCUCGGUCCGUUGAUGAUUCAUCUCGUGAGAAUCUCCAUCUUUCUCUCAUGGUUUUGUUGUUGUUGCUGCAAAUCUUUUCAUCUUCUCGUGUCCCCGAGGGGUUGUGUCUCCAAGGUCGCUUCCGUCUUGGGGAUGCAUGCAUGUCUGUCUGUUGGCGCCCCCUCCCGUGCCCUCUUUUUUCCUUCUUCCCUUCCCGCGCUCCGACCUGCCGUUGACGUGCCAUCCGUGGGUGGUUGGUGACGGCAUACACCUAUUCAUCCGGCACUCUGCUUCCCUUGAACAGCGUCACCUUCCCUGUACGCUCGCUCGCCGAUGGUCCAUCCAUGGAGAAUGGGAUUUGCAACGGUGCAGCGGGAUCGCCAGCCGAGUGCCUCUUGGGUCACCCUCUACGUACGUAAGUAACCAAUCCUACACGACAUGCCUCAUGCUUCCUCCUACGACGAGCCCCAAUCGACAUGGUCGAUGGCUGCUGUGCUACCGAUGCCCAGCCCAGCCCAGCCCAGCACCCGCCCCGGCUCCUGCAACUGCAGCCCCCGUUACCCCAGCCGGCCCGCCGAAAGGGAAGCUCCGUUGGGGUCUGGCCACACUGUCUUUUGCUCUCGACAUGCCCGAGAACUAUAAUACCCGACUAUCACAUCUCACUCGCAAUUUGGCAGACAAGGACGACAGCGGGGCCGCCGAUGAAGCAGCUAGCGUCUGGGCCGAGUCGCUGAACCGAACCCGACCCUGAGCCAAACUCUACUUUCCGCCUACUCUCCCCUUUAGAGCAAAUCGCUGCCGAUCGGAAUGCUUUUAACCGAUUCAAGAGACGAACACGGCGCAGCAUCUUUACCGAAGAUAUGUCUUCGGUGUGUCAGUUGCUCACCCGCCGUCAAUAAUCCCGUCAGACACAUUUUGUUUUCUCAACCCCCGAAGCUGCCGUCCGCCGUCUGCUGUGCCGCGGGGGCAUUGCUGACCUCGCAAUGAAUGGCCUUCGCCACGCAUCCAUUGUACUCAUCGUAC